AUGACAAGGCUGCAAGGGGUGUCGCAUGGUGACUGCGCAGCGGAAAGGACGGCUUAUCACCAUGCAAGACUGCCGCCAGGAGCGCCGGAGGUGGUCUUAAGGCAUACAGUGAAUGUUUCGGACCCUUCAAGGGUACUUUCUUGGGCUAAGGAGGAGCGCCAGCGGACCUUUAACCAUCUCGUCAAACGGUAUAAAGCGCAAUUGAUCUAUGGCUGCCAGGAACCAAACUGCAUGACCCCUACGUGUCUUAGCUUCCGCCGUCGAAAUACCAAAGCCCCGCUGCGUAGAUUUACAGACCUCAGUGCUAGAACGGUUGCAUGCUAUCUAGCGAGUCAGGAUGACGCUGAGCUAGGCCUCUGUCACUAUCCGUCUGCCGCGGUAUCGACCUCACUUGCUCCGGACACCGAGCGAAAAACCCGACAAACCAGUUCAUACCCUAUCACUGAACCCGCUCGUUCACAAUCACGUCAAAGAAGAGACACAACUCCAGGAAACAAACCAAGGAGGCCCUCCGGUUCGCCUCCGGCGACGCUAGAGACAUUACCAUCAGUCCCAGAAAGCAGUUCGAAAACAAGAAAAGAUCCAAAAUCUUUUACACAGAAUCUCUUUGACACCCUGUCGCUACGUAUGGUGGAAUGGCUACCCCUCAAACGGACGACAUCCUACGGGCCCAAACUAGAGGAUGAGACGAGACCUACUCCCCAUAAUUCAUUGCUAGAGAAUCAACCGCCUAACACUAAACGUCAAUCGCCCAGCCCCGUGUCAGCUGAUUCGGGAAGCUCAGGCUCAAAGUCUCAUUCGUCAUCUAAUCAGACUUCGCCGUCCGUGAAUCAUACCUCAUCAACACUCGAGGUCAAAGUCCAAGGUCAUCCUGUUAAACGCCUAUCACUCGAACCUUUGGAGCCACGAAAACAAUCUCAGCGUUCUUCUAUAACCGAGGACCGUUCAAAGAGCCAACGGAAGCGCUCUAAGAAUGCCUCAGUUAACAGCACACCCACGACAACCGCCAAUACCUCGCAGUCUCUCCCAUCUCCACCAGCUUUACGCCACAGAUCCCAGAAACACCGCCGCAUGGGGGAUAGCACCUCCAAAGCCAAUGCGCACGUAUCGUGGGGUGAUCAAAGUACAGUUAGAUGGCCUAGACCGGAAUCUCAUGGCGACUCGCCCACGGAGCCCACGAUAGAUACAUAUUUCCCUCUUGACCGGCAAGGCUUAGCUCCUGAAUCAAAAACGGAGGAUGCUGGCGAAGCUUCCCCGGUGCAGAGCCUCUCCCACCUGUCGGAAGAGAUUGUUGAUUCACUAGAAAAUAUCAUGUUCAAGACCGACGAUGACAAGGAAGUGUGGAAGUCUGAAAUGUCUCAGCUAGAGUCUAUGGGCCACUCUGAACCCUGGGAAUGGAAAUAUGCUACUCAUCAGCAGAGAUUGGCAUUCCCAUUCGUUGCGCAGAGCGUGUUUUACGUAUUGGGAAACCCACGGCAAUUACUAAUUUCCUUUUCAAAUGGUCACAGCAAGCAGCCUACAUCCCUACGAUUAGAUAUUAAUUCGCUAGAUGGCACCUUUAGGAAAUUGCACCGUAUAUGUCCUUGGGAGACGACGCUACACAGCUUGUGGCUCAGCAUGGAAAAACUCUUCAACCCUCCUGUAGAACUCUCUCUUCCCAAGAUGCAACGCCGCCACUGCAAAUCAUCUAGUUCAGCAACUCCUACCUCACCCAGAUUCGACCUUCCGAGAACAAACGACUACAUUCCUGAUUCCGAUGCUGCCUCUAUUGCCAUUGUUGCGUUGCUCGCCUUGUCAAGUACUAUCCCUGCCAUGGACACGCAGACAUGGCAGGCUAUCCGACAAAUCAGAGCCUCCGGGUCAGUAAUGCCGGAUGGUAUGAUGCGAACAUUUUCCAAGCCUCAAAUACAAACCAUAAUUGAAACAUCCGAUCGAUUCGAACAUGACCUAGCACUUCGUUUGCUUAAUAGGCUAGCGCGCGUUAUUUCGACCCGGCUUGCGCUCCAUGAAGUCUCCAAAGCGAAAGCGUCUCAUAUCACUGAUUUCAAAAGCAAUGAUAAAUGUGAGCUUAUAGAGCAAAUUAUUCUUUUGCUCCAGCAGUUUCACAAACCGGAAUCUAGUGAUAAUAAUAACAAGAUAUUGCUCCCCGGGGACAGGAGGACUACCACGCCCAUGGUGGUAGUAGAAUGGUUGAGGAGUGUCCUGCUGAAAGAAUGGGACGGUAAACCAGAGUUACCCAAAGCCAGUGCGGCCGGAGGCGCUUUACAACUCCUCAGCUUCCUAUAUAGGGACCGGACCAAGCUUGGGUUGCUACCAGAGGACUUCCAUACACCUUUCUUUGCAGAUCGGUUAGACCCAAUUGAUAUGCCUACUGAGUGGGUAGACCUACUCUACAACAACCGAACAAUGCACUUACUUUCCUGCUCAUUCAUAUUCCCACCAUCGGCAUUGGUCACAUAUUUCCGAGCAAUAAACCAUGCAACCAUGUCCAAGUCAUUUGAGACUGCUGUUAUUGCUUCAAAGCAUGUCACAUCUAUGGCAUUCUCCGGCACUAUCUCUGUCGAUGAUAACCUUGGCUUACUCGCUCGGCUAAGAACUGGGCUCACCAUGUUUUUUGUUAUCAGCGUUCGCCGAGACCAUGCGUUGGAAGAUGCCCUUGACCAGCUUUGGAGGCGAGAAAGGCGGGAGUUGCUACGGCCAUUGAAGGUUCGAAUGGGAAUGGAUGAUGGUGAAGAAGGCGUGGACCAAGGCGGUGUGCAGCAGGAGUUCUUUAGAAUUGCCAUGUUAGAGGCUAUGAAUCCGGCAUUUGGAAUGUUCACCAUUGACAGUCGGAGUGGCAUGUACUACUUCCAGCCUUGCUCCUUCGAGCCUCUCUACAAGUUUGAACUUUUGGGUCUUCUGGUAUCUCUUGCCAUUUACAAUGGCGUAACUUUGCCGGUGGAUUUCCCAAUAGCCUUGUACCGAAGGCUUCUCGGCCUCAAAGUGAAAAAUACAGACCAUAUCCGAGUUGGCUGGCCUGAGCUGGCCAAGGGCCUGGAUGAGCUGUUGGCUUGGGAAGACGGUGAUGUGGGGGAUAUCUUUAUGCGGACAUACGAGUUUAGCUUCAACGCCUUUGGAACAGUUGUCACAGUUGACAUGGAAAGAACCGAUAAAAACGAACCCUGGCCAGCACCGGAGAGAUAUGCUCAGUGGGAAAAAACCAAACAAAAACUGAAUGAUCAUCGUGUUGCUACUAGAAGGCUUAGCAACCAAAAUACCUCCGAAAGCGAUAACACUGUGUCUAUGUUAAAGGAGUAUUCCACUGAAUCGCGACAGUCUCCCCGAGACACGCAUGUCAUUGGUAUCUUAAAGGGUGCUCCGUCAAGACUACCGCGACACCAAGUAUCCACAGAACCGCAGCCCGAAGCUUCCACUGUGACAAAUGCUAAUCGGAAACAAUUUGUCAAAGACUACAUUUUUUGGUUGACCGACAAAUCUGUCCGUCCACAGUACGAGGCAUUCCAGCGUGGCUUUUUCACGUGCCUGGAUCGCACUGCUUUGUCUAUUUUUAAUCCUGAGGCGCUGAAAACAGUCCUUGAAGGUAUCCAGGAGAUUGACCUCGUCGAACUACAAAGACAUACCCGCUACGAGGGCGGAUGGGACGGGAAUCAUCCGAUAGUGAAAGGCUUUUGGCGCGUGGUCCUACGGUACCCCCUUGAGAAACGGCGCCAACUUUUGGAAUUCGUUACUGCCAGCGACCGAGUGCCAGUCAAUGGGAUAGGCAGCAUCUUGUUUGUCAUCCAACGAAAUGGUGUAGGCGAUAGCCGGUUGCCAACCAGCUUAACUUGUUUUGGCAGGCUUCUACUACCGGAGUACACUUCCGUGGCAGUACUUGAAGAGAAGCUAGAAAAGGCACUGGAUAACGCCAGGGGCUUCGGAGUCGCUUGA